AUGAUCACUGGUUUAUACCCCUCCAGUCACGGUAUCGUCGCCAAUAUGUUCUAUGAUCCAAAGUUCAACGAGGAUUUCAACUACAAGAUCCCCGACAAGAGCUGGGACCUCAAAUGGUGGGGCGGUCAACCAAUCUGGGAGACAGCAGUGCUCCAAAACCAAAAGUCGGCCGUUAUCAUGUGGCCAGGUGGAGAAUCCGAAAGACCCGUUCGACCAACAUACCAUAUGCGAUUCAAAUCUAGCAACCCCGUCCUGGAGAAAGUCGAAGCCCUCCUGAAAUGGAUCGAUCUUCCAAGGGAGGAACGCCCGACCGUCAUGGCAGCCUACAUCUCGGAGGUCGAUAAUGCUGGACAUUUGAAUGGACCCGAUUCCAAGCGCUGUCAAAGGGCGUUGGGCGAAGUUGAUGCAGCAUUAGGAGUCCUUCUGGAAGGUCUACGAGCCCGGAACCUGGACAAGAUCAUCAACUUGAUGUUAGUCAGCGACCAUGGAAUGUCCUACGUGACCCCAGCCCAAGGUAUCCACUACGACGACUACAUCGACACUUCCGACCUCCUCUUUGAAGAAUCCCUCCAACCCCAUCUCGGCAUCCGCACCAAAACCACAAAACGGACCAUGGAGAUCUAUCAUCAACUCAAACGCGCUCAAUUGAGGGACAACCUGCCCUUUAAGGUGUAUAAGCGAGAAGAGAUCCCCACUCGGUAUCACUACUCGGACAAUGACAGGAUCGCGCCCGUGGUGGUCAUGGCUGACCCGGGAUAUGUGAUGACUCGACGGGAUAUGGGACUGGAUGUGGUGGGCGUUCAUGGAUGGGACCAUGAGUCCAAGGAUAUGCGGGCGAUCUUUAUGGCCUCUGGACCCUCUUUCCCGCCACUGCAAGCCAACCCUGAAUCUCCAAUAGAUGGCGAGGAUACCAACAGGACUGGAUCCGAGAGUAACAACAUUAGUUUGCCACCGUUCGAGAACGUCGAAUUGUACGAGAUCAUUGCACGGACGGUCGGGCUUCAGAUUGCAGAGGGCUCAACCGACGGUCUCCAUCGUGGCUAUCUCGCCAAACCUUGUUAA